GAAAAAGCGACAUAAAGGUGUUUUUCCUUCGAGCGGAGAGUCCGGGGCCCUUCGCCUUCACCUGCCGGGCCAAACACCUGAAGCUCUCCGGAGGCCCCCGGAGGAGAAGCUAACCGGGCAGCUCACGUGAGCCCGGUGCCGGCGACAGUCAGAGCUGCUCCUUGUAUGGGCGAGUGAGGACCAGCCAUGAGCGCGGAGCCGGACGCCCUGGCCGUGGUCACCCAGCUGAGGGACCUGGCCGCCGACCCCAUGAACCGCAGGGCCAUCGUGCAGGACCAGGGCUGCCUGCCGGGACUCAUCCUGUUCCUGGACCACCCCAACCCCCAGGUGGUCUACGCCGCCCUCCUGGCGAUCCGCUACCUGGCAGAAUGCCGCGGCAACCGGGAGAAGCUGAAGGGCGAGCUGGGGAUGAUGCUGAGCCUCCAGAACGUCGUGCAGAAGUCGACCACCCCCGGGGAAACGAAGCUGCUGGCCUCUGAGAUCUACGAGCUCCUGCAGGCGUCCGGCGGCGCCGAGUCCGAGCCGGCCGCGGGGGCCGUCGGCGGCAGCCGCCGCAAAGCCCAGUUCUUCCUGGGCUCCAGCAACAAGAGGGCCAAGACCGUCAUCCUCCACAUCGACGGACUGGACGACUCGAGCCGGAGGAGUCUGUGUGAGGAGGCUCUGCUGAAGAUCAGAGGAGUCAUCAGCUUCACCUUCCAGAUGACCGUGAAGAGGUGCAUCGUCCGGAUCCGGUCCGACCUGAAGGCCGAGGCUCUGGCGGCCGCCAUCGCGUCCACUCAGGUGAUGAAGGCUCAGCAGGUGGUGAAGGGAGAGAACGGAGACGAGGUUUUGAUCCCGUUGGCGGAGGACGGUUCGGUGGAGGUGGAGCGGAACCUGGAACUGCCAGACUACCUGCCAGAGGACGAGAGUCCAUCUCAGGAGCCCGACAAGGCGGUGACCCGGGUGGGAUCCACCCAGGACGGGACCAGCUGGCUGGGCGCUGCCACCAACUUCCUGACGCGCUCCUUCUACUGGUGACCCUGCGAUGGCCACCACCCCCCUCCCCUUAAACCCCUCCUCUCAGAACUGGAAUCUACCUGCUGCCAAAAGAUGAAAGCGCGGCGCCGUUAUGGGCGGGAGGAGCCGACCCUCAAAAAACCAAACCGGAUCCUGGUUUUAGUUUGAAGUCUGUCUGUAAGCGGGUCCAUCUGUUCCAAACCAAAUUGUCUUAACAGGACGUUUCCUGCAGCGACAUAAACAAACACCAACGAGUUAGAAUGAAGAGGACCGACAGGAUGCCCUUUCAGCUUUUUAUUAUUUAUUUUCCCGACAGACCGAGCGGCUGUUCCUCCGGCAGCGGCGUUCAGUCGGCUGUGCCUUCAGGUCCUCACUUCUGUUUUUUCACCGACGAGCUCAUCGUUCAGUCAAAAAUAAUGACAAAUGCCCAACAGUCCUUCCAGUCAGGCGUCCAGAUAACAUGAUGCUUCAUUAAACUUUGUGACAUCGGAAUCGCUGGAAACCUUGGAUCAGCUGGGGAUCAAUAAAGUUCAUCUGCUCCUGAUCCCGGAUUUAAAAAUGGUGAUUAAACCGUUGCUUCAGAUUUGUUUGACGUGUCCUGAUGGUUCACCUGCCAAAAAACAAACUAUUUCCUGAAUUCCUUGUUCAGAUUUUCCAGGUCUGCCUUAAUAUGAUGUAAAUAUAAACUAUAGAAGCUCGCAGGGCUAAUUUGUAAACUGCUGUAGCUGGCGAGCUAACCGCUAACUUGUCAUGUGUUUACGUCCCCGGGACAAUAAGACGUUAUUAAAGGGGGAAAAUAACGCUCACAAACGGCCAGUUAGCAACUCGUCCACUGGGAUUCACUGAAAUGAGAUGUUACCGUUUUAAACCCUGCUGUUCCAGGUUAGUCCGGCAGCUGCCAGGUGGGACACCUCAGGCCUUCUUAUUGGCUGAUGGAGUCAGGUGACCUCGUGUGAUGCUGAGCCGGAAACACCCGUGGGUGUGCGGAGCCCGUAAAGGUGAAUGAAACGCCCGGUGGUGGCGUCACCGAUGUUGGCCAUUUGUCAUUAUUUUUGAUAAAGUAAAAAUUGUGCGUCGGCGCCUUCCUGUAGCGUUACUGCUGCUGUGCAUUAACGUAGUGAUUAUUUAUGGGCACAGGCCGCAGGUUUGAUUCCUCCCCACUCCUGACAACAGACUUAUUACUGACGUUUCCUCCCCGGAUCGACGACAGAGCGCAGGUCGUGGGGUUUCUGGACUCGGUCUUCAUGUUUACACCCGUACGAACGCCUUGAAGAUCAGACUCCGGCUCCACAUCCAGCCGCCGCAGUAUUCCACGGAGCGAUGUUACCCGAGUUUCUUUUGAGUGUCUUUUCUUUCUGGUGACAGCCAGAAGGUCGACUGGGAUCAGUUUUGUGACCGUUUUGCACAGUUUAAUCUGCAGUUGAUGUUUGGGGAUGGAUUAGAAAUCUGCGUUUGGGGGGAAACUUUCAGUUUGCAGCAGGAUCAGCAAGUGAAUCCCCGUCUGAGCGUCUGGCGCUGCACGCUCUGAGCUUCACACAGCAUCAAGCAGACAAUCGUUUAUUACUGACUUUAUUUAAAUCUUCAUUCCCUUUAAAGCUCGUCAGUGUUUGAAGCAGAGCUCACGUUCCCGUUUCCUCUGAAACAUCUGCUGUUAGUUAUUUAUUAGCCAAACAGAAGAAGAAACUGACCGACGCUUGUUUUAUUCCAGCAGCUGAAAUGUUCAGAUUUGUCCUGAUCUGAAGCUGAGCGUGUGUCUUCAUGUACCCGCCAGGUGUGCUCAUAGCUCCGCCUACACCACACGCUGUCCAAUCACAUUCUGAGUAGCCUGUUGUCAGAUGUUAGCAUGAGGUGAGAGAGCCUGAGUCCCUCCCUUCCGCCCCACGAGACAAUUAAUGCUCUGAUCCAGAUUGUGUCCUGACAUGAUGUGAAGACGUAUUUUCAGUCUUAGACUUUCUUUUCUUUUUUAAAUGAUCUUUUAAACUGACAAACAUCGUGUGUGUGUGAUUCAAACUGUAGUCGUCUCGCGUUGUUGACUACGGUACAUAUUGUUUUCAAAAUAAGGUCCCAUGGUGGUCCACCGGAAGGGGAGGGGCUUCAGCUCUUCAUUGGCCCGAAUACAAGACAGCACUGAUGACGAGAUGUAAAAUGCUGCGUAUGAGCAGUUAGAAAGUAGCUAGCCUAGCAACAUUAAGCUACAGACGACCCAUAAAGCACCGGGGCUCGCUGUGUAACGCGGUACAAAACGGCAGAGCUGGUUGUGCCGUCGUGUUCGGGCCAGCGUGAGAAGCGUCUUUGACUUUUUGAGCUGUUACAUUAUUAAAGGUCAAAUUGUUCCAUCACACUGAAUCAUGUUUCUUCAUCUCGGUGAACUCUUGUACCUGCAUGAACUGAUUUCCUUCUUCCACUCAGGUUAUAUUCAACUUUUAUUAAACAACUAAGUUAUUA